CCGUUGGCUGCUACUGAACCGUUUGGCUCUUUUCUCUACUAGCGAGCAAACCUACAAUCUAGACCCAACUGUCCAUCCAGCUCAUUUUUAAGGGGAUUUAUCAUUAUAUAUGCCCGUGUAUCCAAAACACAUCGGUCAUUGGGGAUUCCUAGCACCGGUUGGCCGGGUCUGAAGGCCGUUAUAACGCUUUUUCGAGGUUUAAUUAGAGCCAGAAAACAACGGUGGUGGUGGAGGAGGAGAUUCCAUAUUAGGAGCACAGAGGAGAAGGCACCCCCCUUGUGUGAUUUGGAGCUUUUGGUUCUGAGCCUAUGGUACAAGGCCCUGACUGAUCUUACUGGUGGUGCAUACAGACUUACUACUGUGGCUAGGUGUGUGCGUGCUGACCUCAUGGUGUAACAGGAAUAAAGAUGAGCAUUAGCAGUGAUGAGGUCAACUUCCUGGUCUACAGAUACCUACAGGAGUCAGGGUUCUCCCACUCAGCGUUUACAUUUGGUAUAGAGAGCCACAUCAGCCAGUCCAACAUAAAUGGUGCUCUGGUUCCCCCUGCUGCCCUCAUCAGCAUCAUCCAGAAGGGCCUGCAGUACGUUGAGGCUGAAGUCAGCAUCAAUGAGGACGGCACAUUAUUUGAUGGGCGGCCCAUAGAGUCUCUGUCCCUUAUUGAUGCGGUGAUGCCUGACGUUGUUCAGACGAGGCAGCAGGCCUACCGGGACAAAAUGGCCCAGCAGCAGGCUGCCGCUUCAGCACCAACAUCAGCCACCGGAGGCAGCAUCGCUGGCAAUGCGAAGAAUGGAGAGAAUACUGCCAACGGGGAGGAGAACGGAGCCCACGCCUUAGCUAACAACCACGCAGAACUGAUGGACGUGGAUGGAGAUGUGGAGAUUCCCCAGAACAAGGCCAUGGUUUUGAGGGGCCACGAAUCAGAGGUCUUCAUCUGUGCCUGGAACCCAGUCAGCGAUCUGCUGGCAUCGGGGUCUGGUGAUUCAACAGCUCGUAUCUGGAACCUGAGUGAGAACAGCACGAGCAGCUCCACACAGCUGGUCCUGAGACACUGCAUACGAGAGGGAGGACAGGAUGUCCCCAGCAACAAAGAUGUCACCUCACUAGACUGGAAUAGCGAGGGCACACUGUUAGCCACAGGCUCCUAUGACGGCUUUGCCAGAAUAUGGACGAAGGAUGGAAACCUGGCCAGUACACUCGGCCAACACAAAGGUCCCAUCUUUGCUCUAAAGUGGAACAAAAAAGGCAAUUUUAUCCUCAGUGCAGGAGUAGACAAGACAACAAUCAUAUGGGAUGCCCACACAGGAGAAGCCAAACAACAGUUUCCCUUCCAUUCAGCUCCAGCACUAGAUGUGGAUUGGCAGAGCAACAACACGUUUGCCUCCUGUAGUACAGACAUGUGUAUCCACGUCUGUAAACUGGGACAGGACAGACCCAUUAAAACAUUCCAGGGACACACAAAUGAAGUAAAUGCAAUCAAGUGGGAUCCCACAGGGAACCUGCUAGCCUCCUGCUCAGACGACAUGACGUUGAAGAUUUGGAGUAUGAAGCAGGACUCGUGUGUCCAUGACCUGCAGGCCCACAGUAAAGAAAUCUACACCAUUAAAUGGAGUCCCACUGGCCCUGGAACCAACAAUCCUAGUGCUAACCUCAUGCUAGCCAGUGCGUCGUUUGACUCCACAGUGCGUCUAUGGGAUGUGGAGAGAGGCAUCUGCAUCCACACGCUGACUAAACACCAGGAGCCGGUGUACAGCGUGGCUUUCAGCCCCGAUGGUCGGCAUCUGGCCAGCGGCUCCUUUGACAAAUGUGUGCACAUCUGGAAUACACAGACGGGCGCUUUAGUCCACAGUUACAGAGGGACGGGGGGAAUCUUUGAGGUUUGCUGGAAUGCAGCAGGGGACAAAGUGGGAGCCAGCGCGUCAGAUGGAUCUGUGUGUGUACUAGACCUUCGGAAAUAGUGCUGCCGUUUGUUGGAAGCCAUGGACCGACCAUGAAUGUGUACAUAGCCAAAUGACUGUCCCUGCCUGCCCUGCGUACUGCUCACGCUUACGACUACGGCCCCGCCCACCGACAGACAGGAAGCAGGAAACAGGAACAGGAAGCAAGCACCCGACACAGCAGGUCCAGACACAGGGAUAAACAGAUGGAUGGACAAACGGGCGGAUGGACGCGCCCCUCUCUAUCUGUGCAGACUCUUACAGAGAUGCAGAAGGGACGCAGUGAAAAAAAGAAAAAACUGAUAGACAAAAAAAAGUUCCAGAUCCGUAUAUGUACCAAAAUUUGGAAGCUAUUUUGCUUUUUUUGAUCUUUAAACCAUGCUCAUCAUCAUCAAAAUGAAAAACAAUGAAAAAAGUGUUGAUCUUUGUUACUAGUUGGAUCUCAUCGUGCAGACAUAUCAACUUCUCCACCAUAAAAUAGGAUGGCACUUAGUUUUUUUAAAUUUCAGAUCUCUUGUUUCAAUGUUUUUAUAUUUUUUAAUCUUUGGGGGGAGGGGGGGCAGGGGCUGGUCAGGUCAGAGUUUUAUGAAUUGGAGAAGAUCACACACACACACACACACACACCAAGAGAGUGUCCCAAUGUGGCAAACCUAAAGGCUUUCUUCCUCUCACGUGUUUCAGUAGUGCUUUCUGCGGUUGUCCGUGGGUCAGAAUGCAGUCAGUAAUGUGUCGCCUUCUCCAGAGGACGGACUCUGGAUUCCCCCGUACAUCCGCCUGCCACACAUGAUGCACAUCUCGAUGCUUUAAAAACAGCUCCUCUGCACUAUUUGAUCUAGAUGGUUUACCCACACUUCUCUGGACUCUGGCCAUAGCAGUUUAAAAAAAUGGCAAGAAGCUGACUUCCACUUGUCUGAAUGUUGAAGGCUGUUCUGAGUGGUCGGUGAUGCAACAGGUUCCACUCUGAUUACAGACUGUACUCGGCCACAAGUUCAAUACCUGAGGUGCACUACGCAUAGUGUCCUCCUGUACAAUGCUGAUGAAGGCUUCAGUGAGAUUACUCUUAUCGUUUACAGUAAGACUUCAAACGUUUGUCAUUUCAUUCACACUCAAAGGCCUCAAACCAUCAAACUAAGCUAACUGCCCCAGUUUCCACAGAUCGUCAGAGGUGGAAUGACGCAGUGAGUUCGACCUCAGAGAGUAGAGCCAAAGGAAACGGAGAGAUUACAGACUGCCCAGCUGAGCUCUGCUAAUGCAUUCAUGGUAGAGCAUUAUUCUGGGAUGUACAUCUGGGAGUGUUUUGCCCAAAAAUCUGAACAGCGUUGACGUGAACGCAGCAUUACAAGACAGUCAAACUGUCUGGAAUCACCCCCCCACCCCUAUUCGAUAUACAGGGUUCUGCAGACUUGAAGUCCUUUAUGAAUUAGGGAUGUAACGAUACAAUCAAAUCACAAUUGCAUAUAAGUCACGCUAGAAACAGACUUAAUUAGACAGAAACUAAAAAAUGUAGAAUGUUAUUUUAUUUCUGAGGUAGGGUUUCAUUUUCACAUUGAUAUCACAAUCCAGUUUUCAUCUCACUGCAAUUGAAUUGUCUCACGGUAUGUCUGUACAUUCUUAUUGUGAAUGCAAUUUAACACCUAUUUUACAUCCAUGCUGGCAAAAAAGGUACAAAGGAAAGUCAGUGUUGGUUCCACGGCGGUUUGGUUUUGUGGUUAGAGUAAAACUAGUUUAAAGGCGCGACUGAAAAAUGUGACUGUAGGUAACUUUAAAUCAUUUUCAGGCAUUCAGAUCAUCGGAUGUUAGAAUUUGUAAGACCCUGUGGCCCCCGUAUGUUACAGACAUGAAAUGGUCCACUCUACUGUUGUGUUGCAUCAGCAGUGUAGUGUUGCUAUCAGAGAGUGGGACUGUUGAGCAGAAAGUAGCUUUCUUUAUUCAAAUUUGGGAAUCUGUUGGAGCGCUUUAUAUAUUAGGGCUGCACAAUGAAUCAAAAUAUUAUGCAAUCACAAUAUGGCCGAGUGCAAUAAAAGGUAAAAUAUGACAAACAGCAUCCUAAUGAAGUGCUGCAGUGACGACCUGGUCCAACAUUUAGUUUGGUGCAGACCUCGAUAAGCUGCACAUCGUCACACUUGUAAUACUUUUUCAGUGAGAAUUAAACUGAUCCUUCACACAGUAACCGUAAAUCACAUCGCAAUAUGACGAUUUUACUGUAUCGUGUAGCCCUAGUGUGUGUGUGUGUGUGUGCGUGUGCGUGUGUACAUUUCACACUCAGAUAAACGUACAUAGUGCACCAUAUAGGGAGUGAUUUCAGACACAGCCUGGCUCAAUAAGCCGUAGCGGUCUGAGGUAGGGAGGUCGCCUCUUUAUGUUUUAGUCUCCUAACUGCCGUGUGAAGACAGGACAAGUGCCAGGACCACUGAGGAAUUUUAAAUUCUAUUUGGACCAAAGUUUGGUCUUUGUCAUUCAGAUUAGCAGCUUUGCUAACUUUGUCCACUUUGGCUCUGCUCUGUUGAAGGUUUCAUUCAAACAAUAACGCAGUCAUUUCACAGCAGCUCUGCCUCCCACACUCCUAUAACACAUUCAAUCGUCUGCUACCUUUUUACUCUUUUAAAACACAAGCGGGCACAGUGCUCUGGCUUCUGUGGGACUGUCAACAGACUGCCUUCACAUAGGAAGAGGAAGAGAAAGACGGGCCUUGCUUUCUGUAUGUUUUCCCCUUCAGACAUACAUCACAAAACAACUACUAACUACAGUCUCAUGGCUGGAGACGCAGCCAGUUCAGUCUUACUGGCUGAUCCCUGGUAAAGGGGUUCAGAAUCAAGUCCAAAAACAUUAGAGCAAUAUCUGGACUCUUUUUAUUACCAGGUACUUGUUAUAAUGUGUGGGGAUCUACAUUUGUGUUGUUUAGAACCCAUUGGAAGUGAAAAAGGACAAACCAACCAGACUUAAAAAGACCCACAACAUGACAGCCUCGGUGAACUAAAGCAGUGAAACAGAAAAAGCUGAGCUGUAGCGGCAGUGUGUUUACAGCUGCCCUCUCAGCUUCAUUCUGGGUUCUCCACCAUCAAACUCCUGCUCACAUUUUAUUGUCAAGAGACAUUUUAUACUCUUUUAAAGACAAAUUUCAAGUUACAUUUUUGUAAUUUCUUUGUAGAUUUGAAAAACAAAUGUGAAUUGAUGAUUUAUUGGCAGUGUUAAUUUACAUGUUCUAUAAAUUUUAAAGAUUUUCUUUUGUUACUUUGAUGCUAUUGCAGACAGUAAAGGUUGACCCUGUAAUGUAAGGCUUACUGAGCUGAGCCGUCAUUAUGAAGGCACCUUGCCUGGGGAGGAGCAGUUUUCCCAGGAGCAAAUCUACCACUAAAUGUGUCUAUGUUUGAAUAAAGAAAUGUUUUACUUUUUCUUUUGCUUGAAUAUUUUUGGGAAAAUGACGUUCCUGAAACUCCUCUUGGCUUACACAUAAGACUAUUCCAAAAAAAAAAAAACGUAAGUCUUUAAAUUGAAUAAAGUUGUAAUUUUUUCAAUCGAGCCAAGACUAGGGACUUUUUCUGGUUCCCCUUUUUCAUUGCUGCAGUUGGGAGUCGCAGAUGUUUUGUGGAGAAAAUUGCUCUGGAAGCAGAUACAAUCUCAUUGGUUGAAUAUACUUGUGCCUACAUCGUCAGUGCACAGUGGGACCUUCUGAGUGCAGAAAUAUUUAUUUUAUCACCCAAACUAAUUGGGAAGACAAAAACCGCUUCUCUGCUCAGUAAAUUAGUUUGUGUGGUUCUUUGUCCUCUCUCAAAUUCUCUCUGUUCUCACACCGUUGAGCACUUGAUCUGUCUCUGUGCAUCGUCACGUUCUCUGUGUGCUCCUUCAACCUGUUAAGUGGGUGAUUUCUGAUUGGCUGUUUUGUUUGCACCAGCAGGAUCACUGGUCAGUUAGGAAGUAGGGAGGCGCUCUAUAAAACAUGUGUAGGGGGAUUAUCUGUUUCUGUGCUAAAAAUGUCCCAUCAUGCACUCACCAUUGAGGCACCGAUAUUAUUCCAUACUCAAGUUAAACCUCCGGAGCCAAAGGACCAAUGUUCUCUGCGGUAAUGUUAGAACCCAGUGAAAGGCUAAUGAAAUCUUCCACACUCAAAAUGAGUCGGACAAAAAAUAUCACAUAUUUAUAUAUUAUAAAUUUGAUUUCAGCUUGUGAAAGUUGGAGCUUAAUUCAACCACGAACAUUACAUCUGCCUCCAGAGCCCCGCUGCUUCUGAGAAAUGUUUGUACAACCACAGAUGGACUUUAUUUUCUCCUGUAUCCCCUGGAAUAAAUUGGACAUUUCUACUAAUGGACUUACAGAGAUUCCAUGUGUUCCUAUUUAGAGUCAGCAUUUAUGAAAAUAUCUCACACGCGUUCAUGCCAUCCUGAGGUCUGUGCCACACAGUGUGUCUGGGUAAACAUGGUCAAAGUCGCUGAGUCAGCCUUUAUCUGUGCCGCCACAACAGAGCAUCCUGUCAGCCCAGCAGCAUCUCUCCCAUGGGGUCUCCAAGCCUUUCUGUUCUGUUUGUUUUCUCUCUGCAAAUCGCAUCGCAUCGAUCUGUUAUCAUUUAACUCAGAUCAGUGAAACAAAAGUCCAGAAUAAAAUAUAUUUUGAUAAGA